AUGAGUGAAAAUACCUCAAGACCUCCCACCCACCCCGUAGGUGAAUACCUAAUUAAUGGCAACAAGACCGAAUCUCCAUUACUCCCAAAUAAUCCCACUGCCGGUUUCAAAAUGAACCAUAUGAUGAUGCGAAUCCAAGACCCUGCUCGCUCAUUACACUUCUAUGUCGACUUACUCGGCAUGCGAACCGUGUUCACCAUGGACACCGGCCCCUUCACGAUCUACUAUCUCGGCUACCCCCAAACACCGGAACACCAACAAGAUCUGACAAAAUUCGGCGAGGACACGCUCGCAAAUCUUGCUCAUACUCUUGGGCUUCUGGAACUCUAUCAUAUUCACGGCACUGAAAAUGAGCCCGCGGGACUGUACAGCACCGGCAAUCAACCUCCGAACUUGGGACUUGGACAUUUAGGAUUCACGGUUCCGGACGUCCCAAAGACUUUGGAAUAUUUGAGAUCAAAUGGUGUCGAGGUUGAAAAGGAUUUGGGAGUUGCGACCCGGGAAACUAUCCCCUUGAGUCGUUGGGAGGCUCAGCGCGGUAUCGGACUGGGCGCUGUCCAUCCGGCUUACAGAAAAAUAUUUGAACAGAUUGCGUUUGUUCAAGAUCCGGAUGGUUAUACCAUUGAACUCGUACCUCAAAAUAUGAAAUGA